CCGACACCGACAAUAGGACGCUCAGCGCGAUGGAGUACGCGCCCGUAGUAGUCCAGCAGGCCCCCAGACCGGGCCCGGCUUCGAGCCCGGAGGCACGCCAGUGGAGAGCAUUCAAGCACCCGGUGUUCGUCAAGGAGUACGCGCCGGUCACAGCGGUGCACUUCUCCCCAGCGCGACCGCACCGGUACGCGGUCACGGCGGCGACGCGCAUACAGAUAUACGCACCGCGCACGCAAAAGGUCGUCAAGACCAUCUCGAGAUUCAAGGAUGUUGCGCGAAGUGGGCAUAUCCGUGCGGACGGGAAGCUAGUCGUAGCAGGAGACGAUAGUGGCUUGGUUCAGAUAUUUGACAUCAACUCCCGUGCAAUUCUUCGUACCUUAGAUGCACAUAAACUCCCCACCCACGUCGCCCAAUUCUCCACCCUCGCACCCACCCAAGUGCUCACUGGCUCCGACGACACUACUGUCCGCCUCUGGGAUGUUCCCUCCCAAACCCCUGUCUCGACCUUCACUGCCCACACCGACUACGUCCGUACUGGCACCGUCAGCACUACCAACCCAUCCCUCAUCUUCACGGGCUCAUACGAUGGCACCGCUCGUCUCUUCGAUGCUCGCAGCGGUGCUUGCGAGAUGUCGAUGCGUCCUACGGGCAACACCGCACCUCCAGUCGAGCAGGCAGCCCUCCUCCCAGCCGGAACUGUAGCACUUACCACCGCCGGCCCUGUGCUCCGCGUCUGGGAUCUCGUCGCAGGUGGCAGGUGCACUCGCGCUCUUUCCAACCACCAGAAGACAGUCACCGCCCUCGCACUCGCGCCCGGCGGCGCCCGCGUCCUUACCGGUGGCCUCGACCGCAUGGUAAAGGUCUACGACGUCGCGAGCUACCGCGUCGUGCACACUAUGCGGUAUCCCGCGCCGCUGCUCUGCCUCGCCAUGUCGCCGGACGGGACGCACCUGGCAGCGGGUAUGGCGGAUGGGACGCUCUCCGUGCGCAGGAGACAGCUACCGAAGAAGGAGCAGGAGGACGAGGAUGCCGGGCUGCUGGCCGGCGCGUCAUACGAGGCGUUCCUUGGUGGGAGCGCGACGAUUGGGCAGGGCAAGGUCAAAGCGAAGGGGAAGGCGAAGGCUACGGGCGAUGCGGGCGAGUUCAGGGUGGAGAGCCGGAGAAGGAAGCGUCUGCGCGACUAUGAUCGCAUGCUUAAGGCAUUCAAGUACUCGGCUGCGCUCGACGCAGUACUGAAGAAGAAUGUUCCCCCAUCCACCACCUUCGCCGUAAUCCAAGAGCUCGCGCAUCGCGAUGGUCUCCGUUCCGCACUCGCAGGGCGCGACGAUGUUCUUCUCGAGCCCGUCCUCCAUGUCCUUCUCAAGCACGUUGCGGACCCGAGAUUCGGCGGUCUGGUGUGCGACGUGGCGCGAGUUGUGCUAGACAUGUACGCCCCCGCCCUCGGCCAGUCGCCCCUCAUCGAUGCCCUUGUGCUCCGCCUGCGCCGCAAGGUGGCCGCCGAGCUUCGCUUCCAGCGCGAGGUUGCCUCUGUGCGCGGUGCACUGGAUAUGUUGCUUGCUGGUGCGGCGUUGGGGAAGACGGCCUGA